AGCACGCCACCAAGCAUAUCUACAGUGUAUGCACAGGCUCAGAUAGCUUAUUAUGCACACUAGUCACCGACUGGAAUACUGAGCUGUGCAUCAAACAAACAGGUGUGGAACUGCAGUUUUUCAGGUAAAAUAUCAAGAAGACACUGGUGUCCAUAAUGGAUGUUGUCGAAUGUCGAAAAGUUGGCAUAGAGGACUAUGACGAUGUUAUGAGUAUCCGAGACGUUUACGAUGGACUGGACUACCUGCCCGCCCUAUAUCGGACAUUUAUGGCCGAUCACACUGGGUAUGCUGUUAUUGUAAAUAAAACAAUAGUAGCGUUCCAAUGUGCUUCUUUCAUUGAUGAUGGAGAAACUAUUAUACUGAGAGCACUACGCAUGCGCAAAGAAUAUGAAGGCAGAGGACUGGUCUAUCGUCUGAGAGCAUUCGUCAUGCAGGACCUCGCAGAAAAACCGAGACUAAAGCGUAAGGUGUCCACGACCGGAAAUGUGGCUAUCCUACAGAAGGUACUACAAGAGAGGAGAGGUGAACUCAUAGUCCAGAGGGAUAUCUUGUUCUACCAAGGAGAGGUUUCAAAGGUUGUCCCAUUUCUCCCUACGGUUGACAAUGUAUCAAUGAGGAUCUUGAACAAGGAUGACUUACAGAAACUACUGGUAUCAAAAGCAGACACAGACAGGUUGUUUCCACAAGGGAGAAUCAUUGUCGAUUGGGUGCCUUAUCGGCUGCUGGCUUCUAAUGUCGAUCAUUUCUUCAACAAAUUUUGUCACAUAUUGGGCAGCGAGUCUAAAGAUGGAAACGCCGGCACCUUCGAAUACAUUACACUGGCAGUUAGCUACAUUGUGCCUAACGGAAUUCGGUACAAUGUAGAAAUAUAUGGUAACUUCACAGAGGAGACUUUCUCACUUCAUAUGUCAGAGCAUCUCAGAAAUUGUUCAACGUUAGAAUACGAGAACAUUAAUUUUUUGGUACAUUAUGAGUCAGGGUCACACGAUGCAAGUAUGAUCACAAAAACUAUGCAACAGUUUGGAAUGAGCGAGUCUAAUACAUUCCAUUCAAGAACGAUGUAUGGAAUUGAAGUACCAAUGGUUCCGUUAUCGAAGUACUGAUCUACCAACAUUCUCAAAUUACCCAAUAAUAAUGGAACUUUGUCUUAAUUUAGGUCCCUGGAGGUCACAUGAAAUUUUCUCUGUCAGAAUAAGGAAAUCAAAAAGCAUUCUAGGGCAGAUUGAAACGAGUAGAUUUAUGUGUCUUUUGUACUUCAUUUUAUUGAAAAUGACUUGCACUGAGUUCUUACGAAGUUCCCUCUAUCAGACGUGCGAGUGGCUUUUUGUGUAUUUUCAUUUCCACAAAUUUUAUUGUCAUUCGGUGGUGUAAGUCAAAAGGGUUGAAUAACAGGCAAAUCCUAAGGUGACAAGGGGACCUUAUGAAUAGAAAUAUUGAAUAUAUAGAUUUACUUUACUUAAAAUAAAUACUAUAAAAAACAACAACAUUUAAUAGACUCUAUACUUCACAUAUAUACAUCAGACUAGCAUACUCCACUGAUGACACGUAUAACCUAUGACAAAGGAAGGGUCUUUUAGGACAUUUUAUAUGUAUUUUUUGAAAAAUGAUUGUGGUUUUUUUGGGGGAUUCAUUUUAAUUUGAAUCGAUGAAAUUAACAGCUACAGAGUUCUGACAUGGUUUCUCUGUCAGAAUUACUUUGUGAUUUUUGUACAUUGUAUUCAUAAAAUUGACUUCAACAGUGUUCUGCCGAGGUUUCCCUGUCAGAUACAAGUGACAUUUUUGUACUUCGUGUUUUUGUACAAUCUUUAGACGUCUUUCAUGUUUUAUUGACAUAUUCAUUCGUUAUCAAAAUGAUUUGUUUGAUCAACUUUUGAGUUCAUAGUAAAUAUUUAUUUGUAAACGAUGUAAACUUACCAUUUUAAUACCAGUUAUUAGAAAACAGAUAACAUCUUCGGAUAUGUAGGGACAAAUGGAACAAAGAAUUUUUAUUUUAGAUAAACACUAUGUAUACCACAACUCUUCUGUACGGGAUACUAUACUAUUUGUAUGUCUUUUUAAGGCUUUAUAACAGUUAGUGGUGAAACAUUCUUUAUUAACCAGUGGUUGUUCCUCUCCUUUUUUGUUUUUAUUAAUUGCUUGCAUUUUGCUUCCAUCAUUUCAUCCCGUCAAUAGUACUCAACUAUUUUAGCAUACCACCAAAUCAAAAUAGAUUUAUGUCGGUACAUCGUCGUAAUCGGCGUUACUACUGGUAUUAGCCUAAAUAUUCAUAGGUGGGUAGAAAUAAAUAUAAGAUUCAACGCGAAUUCCAAUUACUAUUUCAUAUGGUUGUUCAUACAAUCGUUUAUUUCGAUGAAUCAUGUCUGCCGGUGUUCAGAACUUUGGGAAUAUACCGACGUUUAUACAAUAACAUGUUACGUUACUAUAGCGUACUAUGUAUAUCAUUCCUCGGACCUGUCAGUUGUCGGCAUGAAAUGGAAUUGGAAAAGUUAAAAACUUAUUAAAUAUAGAAGGGGAAAAAUGUGAAAAUAUAGGUAAAUUGACACAAAAAUAAAUAAAAAGGGAAAAAGAGCUUAAUAAAAUUUAAAAGUUGCUUGUUACUUUUAUUCCAAUUAUUUAAAUGCAAAAUGUUCUUCCAUUCUGUUUUAAAGAAUUGCAUUCAACUGGUUUUGAUUAAAUAGACAGAUAAUUAUACAUCUUUAACAUUUGUAAUUUGUGUUGCAUUUUGCCAUAAUCAUAGUAUUUUUACUCCACGUUGAUUUUUUGUUUGUGUAUUUGUAAGAUAUAUCUAUUACAUGUGAUUAAUAUAAUUUUCAUAUUAUCUGGCGUUCAAUAUGAGUUAAAGUUUGAAAACAAAACAACAACACAAACAAAUUCCCACGACGUUGCGUUCCUUCACACGCAUCAAAAUUGCACUGCAAAAGGAUUUUUUCAUUUCUCUAGUUAUAAUGAUUCAAUUAUGAAAAAAAA